AUGUCUGUAAAACGAAUCCAAGUUGAGAAUGGCUGCAAAAUAGCACUCCUCAUCCCGUCCACGGCAUCUCGAUUGCUCCUGUCUACGCUUGGGCAACCUGACAGUAUCACAGCCCUCGUGUCUCCUCCGGAUGGCAGAGCAGCUGCUCACCGAAACUGUUGCAGCCGGACGAUCGUUAUAAUUAUUCGAGGGACAUGGGGGCCAGCUGGACACAUCCGAAAAGCUCCUCCAACAGGGACCACGGGACCUUGGGGCGGGACGUUAACAAAAUACCAGAGGCCUGCACCUGAUGAAGGGCGUCGUCAUCAAGUAGAGACACCAGGAAAACGCCGAAUUGGUCCGUGGGGACCGAUUCCAGGAAUGGUCGAGCACGGAAGGACCAGAGCAUGA